GUUUCGAUCGUUUCGUGAGGUUUCUUCGCGUCUUUGUUUGUUUCUCGUUGGAGCAACGUCGGGAUUCCGAGGGAGUUCGAGGUCGGAUGAAGGUGGAGAGCUGUGGAUCUAGGGUUAGAUGCCCGCGAGAGGGGGUGUAGGGUUCCCCGGCUGGGCGCUGGUGGUGGCUUUUGUCCUCUGUUCGGCGUUGGUGCUGAUUGUGAAGCGGAGGUUGAGGAUCGCGGCGGAGAGGAGGGAGGAAGUGCGUAGACUAGCGGCUUUAGCGGCGGAGGAGUCGGAGAGGGCGGAGGAGGAGGCGAGUUUGGUUUACGUGUGGGGAUCGGUUGUGGAGAAGGAGAUCGAAAGGCCGAGAUGUGCUGUUUGCUUUAGCCCCACCACUACACGCUGCUCUCGGUGCAAGGCCGUUCGAUAUUGCUCUGGAAAAUGCCAAAUUAUUCACUGGAGACAAGGGCAUAAAGAUGAAUGCCAUCCUCCACAAAUUGAUUAUUGCCAUAAUGUUCAGAUAAGUUCCGGUGAUGCUAUUGGAGAGCAUGGCGAUCAAUCUGAUGUAUAUGACAAUGCUGUAGAGACAUUUUCUGCUAGUCCGCCACAAUCUGAAUCCAAAUGCCUUUCGGAAAGUUUGGGCAAGCAUGACAAUUUUGCUAAUCAGGAUGAUACAUUUGGAGUGGAGAGCUCUUCCAGUCCUGUGGAAAAAAGCAGUGAGACCCUUUUGUCUGAUGUCCUUCCUGACAAUCAUGCUGAGAUGCCUGGGCCUUUACCUUGUGAUGCAUCUGAUCAUAACUCUCGGGAAGUGCUUGGUGAUAGUCAGUUGAAAUCUGUCCAAGCCACACAUUCUGCGGUUGUCAGGGAGGGCAUCUCUGUUAAUGAUGGUUCUUGCUUGAAUGACUUUAAUCAGAGUAUUCCCAGCUUAAAUUCUGAAGAUGUUAAAAGUCAGGAAAGUGUUCCCUGUAUGGCAAGCACUAGUAUUGGUCCUUCAAAAGACACUACUGGUUGUCAGGAAGGAGCACGCAAUUUGAAGGUGGCUGAAACUGCUCAGGAGAGCAAUUCUGUUAAGCCCCAGUUCUCUGAUAGCAAGUCCAUUCAGUUGGGUGCUGGAUCUCCAUCACAGGCAUAUUCUAGGGUUUCUAGUCAGAAGGAAAAUAUUCACAUAACACAUUCUGUCACAGUUUCUUCUGAUGAAGUUGUGGCUUCUGAAGACACUGCUCAACCUAAUCUCAAGGAAAAGCCAUUUUCAAGGAUUAGCAAUUCUACCUGCUCAACUGGUGGAAAAGUCACACAACAUUCUAACCAUCCAAAGCCUGUUUCCGCUGUUCAUGCAGCUUCCGUCAAUCAAGGUCUUCCCGUGUCAAAGGAAAAUUAUCAAAAGAUUGAAAAGCCUCCUAUAGUUCCCAUGAAAUCAUCGAUACAUGUGACUUCUGCCCUUGACAGCAACAGUGACUUGAAGACAUCUGUCAGGAAAGUUGUUCAGCAGUGUAAAUCUUUGAAAAUUUCUAGACACUAUUCAUCUGGUCUUGGUAGUGAUCUAUCUGGAAAUCAGAACCAUAAGAUGCUUUUCCCGUAUGAUGUUUUUAUCAAGCUUUACAAUUGUGAAAAGUUGGAUUUACGUCCUUGUGGUCUCAUCAAUUGUGGCAAUAGCUGUUUUGCUAAUGCUGUGCUCCAGUGUUUGGCAUUUACUCGACCCCUUACUGCAUAUCUUCUUGAAGGGCUUCAUUCUAAAACAUGCCCAAAGACAGGCUGGUGUUUUACUUGUGAGUUUGAGAGUCUUGUUCAGAAAGCAAAACAAGGAAGAUCACCCCUUUCACCGAUUGGGAUUCUGUCCCAUAUGGGCAACCUUGGUCGUGGGAGAGAAGAAGAUGCCCAUGAAUUUUUAAGGUAUGCUGUUGAUGCAAUGCAAUCUGUAUGUCUAAGAGAAGCCGGGAAAAAUGCUAUAGGCCAGCAGGCAGAGGAGACAACUCUUAUACAGCAAAUGUUUGGUGGCUACCUUCGUUCAAAGAUAAAAUGCAUGAGAUGUCAAGGCAAGUCAGAGCGGCAUGACCGUAUGAUGGACUUGACAGUUGAGAUAAAUGGUGAUGUUGGCAGUCUUGAAGAUGCACUUGCACAUUUCACAGCUACUGAAGUUCUGGAUGGCGAGAAUAAAUACCACUGUACCAGGUGUAAUUCUUAUGAGCGGGCUAAAAAGAAACUGACAGUUUCAGAGGCGCCAAAUAUUCUUACGAUUGCAUUAAAACGAUUUCAGUCAGGGAAAUUUGGCAAGCUCAACAAAUCUGUGCGAUUUCCUGAAUACCUGAAUUUGGCUCCUUAUAUGAGUAGGACAGAUGAUAAGUCACCUGUCUACAGGCUCUAUGCAGUGGUGGUUCAUCUGGAUGUUAUGAAUGCUGCAUUUUCUGGUCACUAUGUAUGCUAUGUGAAAAGCACACAAGGGAAGUGGCACAAGCUUGAUGACAGCAAGGUGAAACCUGCGGAACUUGAGAAAGUCUUAUCAAAAGGUGCAUACAUGCUCUUCUAUGCAAGGUGCUCUCCUCGUGCACCAAGUUUAUUGAGGAAGGCAAGAUCACAAGACCAUGAUAGUACAAAGAAGAACUGGUUCAAGGUCCAGCCGACUGCUCGGGAUGUAGUGAGGACCAGCUCAAUCCCGUCGCGUCGGGAAAACAUUAGUCACCAACACCCUGAGCGAACACCGGGAAGCUCCGCACUCUUUGAUCCAUAUGACUUUGUUUUCGAGAGAUUCCAGAGAUUCCAGCACCCGAAAACAGAUUCUCCAUCCAGCGACAGCUCCUCCCUUUUCAGCUGCUCCGAUGAAGGUUCUUGGAGCACCGAGAGCAGCACAAGAGACUCAACCAGCACAGAGGAGUUCUCCGACUACAGCUUCAUAGAUUCAAACCAUAGCAACUGGAACAGCCCGUACCGAUCAUUCGACGACGCCGAUGGCUUAACCGAAUCCUCCGAAGCAGCUUCACCGUCAAACAUCAGCUACAGAGGUCAGGUAGAUCAUCAGAACCACAAUCAAAGAAAUGGUAUAAAUUAUGGCAAGGAAUGGUAUGAUAGGGAUGAAAACUUAACCUUUUUGAAUGCUGACAAAACUACUCAAGUAUGUAGAAAAUCAAAUGGACAAUGUAAUAGUAUUAGUGGUAGUGGUGGUAGUAGUAAUAGUAAUAAUAGCAGUAGUGGUGGUAGGGAUGUAGACUGGAGUAGUAAAUCUAGUUAUGGGGUGAAGUCCAGUUUGCAACAGAGAAGAAGAACAGCUCAAACAUUUGGUAGUGGGUUUGGGUUGUGAUUCUAAAGAAAAUAAAUAAGUUUAGGUUGUAUUAAUAUUUUGUACUCCUUUGCUCAAUGAAAAAAAAAGAA